AUGUUUCGCCUUCAAGAGUUGCUCGAAAUUGAAGGCAUGGAGGAUGAGUUGCUGAUGCAUGAGAUGUGGACACAUUACAACAGUGAUGAUGACACAGAGGAUGAUGAUGAUGGAGAAAUAGCAAGAAAGCAUGGCAUAAGUAGGAUGACAUUAGAUAGGAUAUGGAAAGAUGCAAAAAAACAGAGAGAAAGUGGGCAUGCCAUAGAUGUGAGAAACAAAAAAGCAGGAAGAUGUGGUAGGAAGCUUAAAGUUUAUGAUGACAAAUGGCUUCAGUCAGUCCCACUUAAUCUGAGGACAAGUAUAAGGGCAUUUGCUGGAUAUCUUAGAAUUCCCCCCUCCACUGUUUACAGUCUACUGAAACGGGGCAAGCUGAGAAGUCACACUAGCAGCACCCACCCAAAACUGACAGAAGAUCAUAAGAUUCAAAGAAUGAAUCACAUGAUGAGGUUUUACUUGCUCCCUGCUGAAGAUGACCCUUAUAGUUGUUGUCAGUCCAAGAGAUUUAAGAUAAAACCCAUGUUCAUGUGUGCCACAUCUAGACCUAUUAAGGACAGUGAGGGAAGGAUGAUACAUGAUGGUAAAUUUGGUAUCUACCCUUUUGUUGAGUAUGCAAUAGCUAAAUAUUCAACUAAAAACAGAAGGGCGGGUACUUUGUUGACAAAGGCAAUUGAAAGUGUUACACUACCAGUUAUGAGGGACAUGAUAGUUAACACUAUCAUACCUGCCAUCAUGAGGAAUUGGCCAGAAGGUGUGUCUAAAGAUAUCUACAUACAACAAGACAAUGCUAGACCUCACAUUCAUGCAUCAGACCCAGAAUUUAUAGCAGCAGCAACUCAGAGUGGAUUCAAUAUCCAACUCAUCAAUCAGCCACCUCAGUCCCCUGACUUAAAUGUGCUAGACUUGGGGUUUUUUAGAGCAAUUCAAGCACUACAAUAUCAAUCAUUUCCUAAGAAUCUAGAUGAAUUGAUUUUAAGAGUGCAGGACUGUUAUGAUUUCUUUGACCCAGAAGUAUUGAAGUACACUUGGUUGCAAUUACAAUAUGUUAUGGUAGAAAUACUAAAGUGCAAAGGGGGGAACAAUUACAAGAAUCCACACCAUGCAAAAAGAAAGUUAGAGAGACAUGGAUUACUUCCAGAAAAUGUUGAAGUUGACCAAGCAUUGAUAGAAGAGGCAGUUACUUAUUUGAAUGAGAGGUUUGUGAAUGUAGGUGAAGCAUUUGACUACUUAGAUGCACAUCAAGAGUAG